AUGCAGCUGGACUUUUGGGCUGAACCCAGCCACUUGAACUCGCCUGUCGACAUCAUGGUUUCACCAGAACAAAAAGCCUGGCUGCAGAAACACGCUGAUUUCUUCGGUCUCGAACAUCAAGUGAUGAUCGCCGAUGUCCAGGAGUUUUCAAGGGUGCUGCUGAUUGGGGUCCUGGGUUUAGUUCUGGUGUCUGGUGAGAAGAAACGUUAUGAUGGACAUCAAGUGCUUCGGUUCGUUCCGAAGACCCAAGACCACCUCGAGGUUCUACGAAGCAUUCAGAGCAGGUCCGACCAACGCACUCAGAAGCUGGAUUUUUGGGCUGAACCCAGCCACUUGAACUCGCCUGUCGACAUCAUGGUUUCACCAGAACAAAAAGCCUGGCUGCAGAAACACGCUGAUUUCUUUGGUCUCGAACAUCAAGUGAUGAUUGCCGAUGUCCAGGAGCUCGCGGAUUCCAUCAAGGUCGGCGCACCCGGUACGAAAUUGACAUGGGAUGCGUAUUACGACUCCCAUGAGAUUUACGCAUGGGUCGAUGAAAUCACAGCCCAGUUCCCGGAGAUAAUAACGACUCAGAGCAUCGGAAAGUCGACGAAAGGCAGGGAACUGAUGCUCAUGCGAAUCAACAAACCAUCCGAUCAACAGAAGAUCUCCGUUUUCCUCAACUCCACCGGUAUAAUUGCUGGGUUAAUUAUUUUCCAACAAGAUGAAUCAUGUUUUUUUCGUGAUUCCAUGAAAGAUAUCCACGCCAGGGAAUGGAUCACUUCAGCAACUACCACAUGGAUUUUCAAUGAACUGCUCACAAAUGAAGCCUAUGCUGCUGAGUUGGACAAGUUUGACUUCCACUAUGUCCCAGUCCUGAACCCUGAUGGUCUGGCUUACACCCAUAAUGGAGACCGUUUGUGGCGCAAAACGCUUUCAGAACACAAUUCCUUCUGGAGAUGCUUUGGAGUGGAUGCCAACAGGAACUUUGACAAGUCAUUCGGAGGACCUGGGGCCAGUCAUGACGAGUGUUCAGAGCUUUACCACGGACCCAGUGCGUUUUCUGAGCCUGAGACUCAAGCAGUCAGGGAUUACAUUUUGGCCAACAAGGAUGACAUCAAGAUCUACCUUGAUGUUCAUUCUUAUUCUCAGUUGAUUCUGUUGCCCUAUGGAGACACCAGUGAGAAGCCUGAUGAUUAUGCUGACUUGCUGGAAAAAGGUCUGAUCAUGGAAGAUGCCCUUCGUGAACGCUAUGAAACAGAUUACGUCACUGGAAGUGUUCCCGAACUCACGUAUUAUGCCUCAGGCGGUUCUUUUGACUGGGUCAAGGGGAAGGCAGGUGUGAAAUAUGCCAUGGGUAUCGAACUGAGGGACCUGGGCCACUAUGGGUUCUUGCUGCCUGCAAAUCAGAUCAUUCCCAGUGGGAAAGAAACCCUGGAUGGGUUCCUGGCCAUAUUCAAUGCGAUCAGGGACGAAAUUCUGGCCGGGCACUGA